AUGUUAAUGACUUCAGUUGAGUUCAUUUCAGUUGCUCUUUGCCACCCCGUGAACUGCAGCACUCCAGGCCUCCCUGUCCAUCACCAACUCUGGCGGAGUCCACCCAAACCCAUGUCCAUUGAGUCGGUGAUGCUGUCCAACUAUCUCAUCCUCUGUCGUCCCCUUCUCCUCCUGCCUUCAGUCUUUCCCAGCAUCAGGGUCUUUUCUAAUGAGUCAGCUCUUCACAUCAGGUGGCCAAAGUAUUGGAGUUUCAGCUUCAGCAUCAGUCCUUCCAGUGAAUGCCCAGGACUGAUCUCCUUCAGGAUGGACUGGUUGGAUCUCCUUGCAGUUCAAGGGACUCUCAAGAGUCUUCUCCAACACCACAGUUCAAAAGCAUCAAUUUUUUGGCGCUCAGCUUUCUUCACAGUCCAACUCUCACAUCCAUACAUGACCACUGGAAAAACCAUAGCCUUGACCAGACGGACCUUUGUUGGCAAAGGCAUCUUCCUGACUCAGGGAUUGAACCUGCGGCUUCUGCGUGUCUCCUGCAUUGUAGGCGGAUUCUUUACCGCUGAGCUACCAGGGAAGCCCUCAUAG